AGUGUUGAGGUGUAUUAGCUGUCCUACAAGUCAGGCGGCCAAUGGGAAGGAGCGCGCUCAGUCAAGAGAGGGCGGCGCUAAGGAGAGCGCGCGCACUCCCCCCCUUUCCUUUCAAUCCGGCUGGAUCUUGUUGCAGUGCCGCUGGCGCUGCUGGGAUGUAGGGGGGGGGGGAUCAGCAGGCAAGAGACAGUUUGUGCGCAGCAGUGAGAAUCCGACUCCCGUAGGCUGGAGUAAGAACUAGCAGUCGUCACCGCUCCGGUUGUAAGAACAAGCACCCGCACGGCCUGACGCUAAGGGCAAAAAAAUAUAAAGCACAAGAAAAGGCGAGGGCAGCUUACUCAGCCAUGCCGAAGAGAAAGGUGAAUCCUGCUGAAGAAGAGCCGAAGAGGCGAUCCGCACGAUUAUCGGCUAAACCUGCCAUUGCAAAAGUCGAGACAAAACCAAAAAAGCCCACUUCAAAGGUUAAAUCUGAGGAAAAGAGAGCUUCAACAAAAGGGAAAAAAGGACUGAAAGAGAAACAAACUGAAGAUAAUAACAAAAAAGAAAUAAAGGAUAGCUUGCCUGCAGAAAAUGGAGAAACAAAAAGUGAGGAGGACCCAGUAUCUGAUACACCAGGAGAAAAAGAAGAAAAAUCUGAGUAACAGUCUUUAAUCAGUGGUUCUCUCACCGCUGCCUUGUACAAUCCAGAGGAAUAUUUUUAUCAACUAUUUUUAAAUGCAAGUUUUUUUAGUGAUUUUAGCAAAUACAUUUUUAAAAUAGGAUCUUUCCCCAUAUCUCUUUUAAUGUAAUUGACUGUAUAUGCCUUGUUUUAAUGAAAUUAUAAUCAUGUACUGGUUAUAUGUUCUCUGUACAACCAGUAAUUAAAUGGAAUGUUAGAUGAAGGAAUAUUUUCAAUUUUUUACUACUUUACAGUGCAAUCUUCUGGAUGUCCAUUUAGAGGCACUUAAUU